GAAGCUAAUGAUGGCGGCAGCGGGAUGCGGAUCAGCAACCGCGGCUACGGGGGGAAGUUCUUGCGGUACGGCCGCUGCUAGGGGUCGUUUCCCGGGUCGGCCCUGGUCGUCGCGUAGUCGAUUGCGUUCUGAGAAGCGUUCGCAGCUCGGCCGGUUUGGGACUGAAGCCGGAGAGACAGACACUGGAGGCCCAAGGCCCUCCAGCCUUGGACCUGCGCUAAACGACGACCCGUCGCACUUACGUUUACUUGGGAUGGAGGCUAAAUAUAAGCGCCUUGGAGAGGCCGGUUACAACUCAAGCGGCAGUGAAGAGGGAGAUGAUUUCCAAGGGUUUGACCCUGAGAGGCCAGGCUACAGGAGCCCUCUACGCUCUGGACACAACCCCUCAAAAAGCAAUCCUCCUAAAAAAUUGUUAAAACGGACACAAGAGAAGCCCCCUCCUGCACUGGUCCUUCCAGCAACAAGAACUGCAUCACCAGUUCCUAAAAAGCCUACUAAACCUCCCCCAGAAACGAAGCAGAAAUCUGUAAAUGCUAAGCUUCAAAUCAACAGUGGCAAAGGUUCAAAAAACCACCCUUCGCAAAAUGUAAAGAAAGUGCCACCUCAGUCAUCAACAAGGGGAAAGCCCCAAAAAUCCACAAAGCCAAGACUUACUGUCAAAUUAGUGGCAAAAACGACAGUGAAGAAAGAACCUGUGGUCCGUCAGAAGCCCGUCAAAAAGCUAAAGGUGGCCGGUUUUCAGUUUCUGUCGAAAGCCAGGAAAUUACAAGGUCCUCAGCUCUCUACUGCCCAUGUCAAGUUAAAGAAAGGGACCCUUAGUGAUGGUGCAGAGCCUGUGAAAAGCAGAGGACGAGGCAGAGUCACUAAGCAAGGCGGGUUGGCGGCAGUAGAGAAAACGGAGCCAAGCGGUUUUCGUCGGAGGGGCAAAGCUAAUGUCGAUGACCAAAAGACCGAAGGGAGGCAGUCUGCACAGAAGCACGAUCUUCCAUUGGAAACUGUAUGUGCAGAGUCCAAAACUGAUGGAAGGAAAAGCAGACGCCGGCAGAAAGCUUUGGAGACAAACCCUGAAGGCUUUAAACGGAGGAGGCGUAAAAAAGGUGAUCCAGUUUCUGAGACCGCUCGGAGUCUGGUGGCAGAAUCGGGAAGUCCCAGUGCGGAGGUUAGCACUUCCGAGGUCUCAAUGGUGACAGAAGGCAAUCCAGUACUUGGAGAGGAAAUGGAGAAAUUGGUGAGCACAGAUAAGAGUAAGGAUGACUACCAAGUCACUGGCAUCCAUGUCCCAUUAGCAGUAGAGCCUAAAAAGUCAUCUCCUGACACUGCUGAGAGUCUACCUUUUGAAAGUGAUGGCCAAGACAUGGGAAUCCCAGGACUGAAGCUGAAGAGGGUUAGGAAUCCAAAAGCUAUGCUAGCAAGUUCAGCCCGGUCACAUACUGGUGGACGUGGCUCUAAGGGCUCACGCAAGAAACAGAGUAAAUUUGUAUGGACCCUGACGUUAGUAAAAGGCAAAAGCAAGGCAAGUAAGCCACAAGAGUCUGAGGAUCUUGGCAAAACGGCAGAAGGCUUAGGAGACUCCACAAAAAUGAACCAGGAUACUUCUGAUGACUCUUGGGUGAUUAAAAGUCCAGAAAAGGUUGACUGCGAGGAGAUUAAAGUUGAGGACACACCUGGACUAACAAAGCAAAGACGAAAACGAGCCAAGUCAUGCAAGCAGAGAAAAGACAAGUUGUCUGUAAGUAUUGAACUAGGAGAGGUAAAGCAAGCCUAUCCAGAUGAGGCCACACAAACAGAUGGAGAUAUUUUAAUUGAAGAGACUGUUCCGCCACUCCAGCUGAAGGUGGUUUCCUCACCUGGCAAAUUCAACAGUUUGCAGCCAUCAUUCUUGAUUCGUCGAGUUGGUUCUGAUUCAGAAGAGAAAGAACCAAUAGCAGAAAACAUCAGUGAUAUUCCUGAGGAAAAACCGGCUGUAUUGGAAGCUGCCAUCCAACCUGCUCCUAAAGUAAGGGUAAGAUCUAACCUCUCUAGCCCAAGAAAGAAGCGUGGCCAUAAGCCUUGGACAAGCCAUAAACGUAAGACGAAGAAAAAUCUUGCUGUCGGAAUUACUCCACCUUUACCUGUCCCCGAAGCUGAGGCCCAGAGUGAGGAAUUUUCUGCAAUAGCUGUUCUGCCUAAGCCAAGACGAAAAGCCGGUCAAGUGGGAGUUCCAAGGAGGAGAAGGUCUUCCCCUAUGAAGAAGAGGCAGUGGUCUUAUAAAACUGCAGUUGCUCUUGAGCCUGCCGUCUCUGAACCUUUCGCAGUGCCUGACAUAGCCGAGAUUGCUGCAGAGACGGGAGAGGAGGUUGCUGCAGAUUCAAAAGGAGAUGGAGAGGUCUUAGUUUUAGAACCUCCAGUGACUGAACAACGGCCAUUGUGUUUUGUCAGGAAACCUCCUAGACAUGGAAAGAAGCGACGAAGGGCGUUAAUUGGCCAAAAGGUGAAACGUAAAGGGCAGCCUCCUAGAUUGCCUAGAUUGCAGGAGGGGGUGGAUGUUGGUGAUUGCUGUUCGUUCGCCACUUCAACCCCUUCAAGGCCAAAACUAGUUGGUGUCCUGAAGACAAAGUACCGUAGGAAACAAGUUCCUAGCUCAAGCCUUCAGUUUCUUGGGGUGAAACGUCAAAGGGCCAGACCAGCCAUUUUGAGUAAGGAAUUGGAAAUGGACUUAGCCCAACAGCUACUUGACCAGGAUGGGAAUGAUGGAGCAGAGGGAGAGUCGCCAGGCUCCAGAGACCGUCAGAGGAGGAAGUCCAAAUUCCUCAAGAACAUCCGGCAUUUUAUCAUGCCUGUGGUUAGUGCUCGGUCCUCACGGGUUAUCAAGACACCAAAGAGGUUUAUGGAUGAUGCAGGCAUGUCUGUUCUCCCCAAGCGGAGCACCCCAAAGAAAGGCCACCCAUUUAGCCUGCAUCCACGAUCGGGCAGGAAAUGUGAGCAGUCUGCUGUUGAGGACCUGAUUCCUGAAUUGCCUCAGGAAGGUGAAGACACGCCGACAGAGCCCUCUUUGGAUACUUAUCUGUCAUCAAGCCAGGGGCCCAGUGAGGACUCCAUACUUGCAGAAGAAAGCUCGACCCUGGAUAAUCUUUCGGGAAAGCGAAAAUCUCUGUUACGGGAGCCCAGUUUCAAGUGGCGUGUGAUUGGGGCUUCUGGCGGAGAAGUGUUCACUCUAGCUAAGCCCAGAGAGAAAGUUAGACAAUAUAAGAAACGAUUUUCCCCUAAAGGUUUCCUAACCUGUAGGGACCCAUCUGCCGGCACUCCCCCCCUCCCUCGCAAGAAAAGGACUCCUAAGCUCUGCACAGGGGGGACGCAAACAAAGAUCUAUAAAAAACUAAAGAAGCUGACCCCAGGCAGUGGUAGAAGACGCAGGAAGAAGGAUGGAAUCUGCUUUCCUUUUGGUAACUCUGCUGAUGUGGAAAAAAGAGGGCAAAUUGAUUGUGACAAAGGCUCAAGUCUGAUUAAGUCUCUCUCGGACACGGAGAGUGAAAAAGCUAAACUGAAGAUUGAGGAUCUCAAUUCUCCUGGAGUUGUCCGAAAAGUAGCAGUGUGUGUCCGCGCCAGUGAUUCAGAGAUCCAGAUGUUGCAAUGUGGACCUCAAAUGGAGGAUUUGGCUAAGGAAAAGGUGAACAUGAAUGAUUCUCCUUGGCCAAAACCCAGUGAUGAGACCUUGAAAACAGAGGCUACAAAUCAGGAACUACUGCCAGAGUUGGAUCAGAGUGCAGAGAGUGACAGGGUGGUAUUGGAGGAGAAGGGCACCUCAAACCGAAUUCGUCUGACCAGUGCCAACAAGAGGAUGUUCCACCUGUUGAAGAGAGCCAGGGUCCAGCUCAUCAAGAUCGACCAGCAGAAACAGCUCAAGUCUUCCCAGCUUCUGUCUGGGGCUCUGAGUGCGGGAGCCCGAGAUGGCAGUGUGACAGGUGUGAAGAGAAGACGGAAAAGAAAGGAGCGCCUUGAGGCUGGCUCCGCAAACAGGAAUGGGGCCCCUCAGGACCUCCGCCGAGGCGGUCCGCGGAUCAAGCACGUGUGCCGGGCGGCGGCCGUGGUUCUGGGGCAGCCCCGUGCCACAAUCCCCGACGACAUCCCGCGGCUGAGUGCCCUGCCACUGCACGAGAGAUCCAGCAUCUCGCCCUCUCCGACUGCAGAAGGCAGGACGUCCCCUUCAGGACCCAGCAGUCCCACCCCACAGGACCAAAAGGUGAGUCGGGGGCGCAGGGUCCGUCCCCGCAGCGAGUACGGGCCCUUCGGAAUGCGCUCGCGGAGGUGUGGGACCUGCAAGGGGUGCCACCACGAAGAGGACUGCGGCAAAUGCAUCAACUGCCUGGACAAGCCCAAGUUUGGGGGACCCAACACCAAGCGGCAGUGCUGUGUGUUUAAGAGGUGUGACCGGAUUGAGGAAAAAAAGGCCCAGCGCCUAGUGGGAAAGUUCCAAAAGGGCUACGCCAAGCGGAGGAGGUCAUCGGCCAGCGGCUGUCACUCCAGCAACGACGAGGGAGAGGCGGGGGAAGGAGGGGGCCGGUCGCCGGCCACACCCCUGGCUGACGGCGAGAGCCCGUCGCUGAGGAAGCAGCCGCGGCGCUGUGUGAAGCCGCGCUCCUACUGCGACCUCCUGGACUACGACUCCGACCUGGACAUCGUGGGAGGCUCCAACUCUGCCUCCCCUGGUCGCCGGAGGGCCUCCGGCCCUCGGGGCCAAGACCUGGCGUCUCUGGAGGGCUUCUCUGGUGGCAUUUCGGAGGACGGUGUACGGCAUCGCAGACCCGGCCAGCACCGAGUCCCACCCUGCCGCCGAAAAGUCGAAAAGAGUCCCCUGGAGCAGACCCCUCCCAGCGUCCUGGCCGCACUCGCCAAUGGCUUCGCCCAGAGGGAGAAGGAGCCGUCCGAGCCUUCGCACAAGAUCCGCGUCGACUUCAAGGAGGACUGCAACAUCCAGAACAUGUGGCUGAUGGGUGGCCUGAGCGUGCUGACCUCCGUCCCCACCAUGCCCCAGUACGCCUGCCUGCUCUGUGCCAGCAAAGGUCACCACGAGAUGCUGUACUGUCAGGUGUGCUGUGAGCCCUUUCACCGCUUCUGCCUGGAGCCUGCGGAUCGCCCCCUGGAGGAGAAUAAGGAGAACUGGUGCUGCCGCCGCUGCAAGUUCUGCCACGUCUGUGGGCGCAAGAACAAACCCUCGAAGCCUCUGUUGGAGUGUGAGAAAUGUCAGAACUGCUAUCAUCCCUACUGCCUGGGACCCAACUACCCAAAACCCAACAAGCGCAAGAAGUCUUGGGUGUGCAUGACGUGCAUCAGGUGCAAAAGCUGUGGAGUGACCCCGGGGAAAAGCUGGGACUCGGAAUGGAACCACGAAAAGGGCCUUUGUCCUGACUGCGUCAAACUCUAUGACCAGGGAAAUUACUGUCCCAUCUGCUACAAGUGCUACGAGGACAACGACUACGACAGCCAGAUGAUGCAGUGCGCUACCUGCACACACUGGGUCCAUGCAAAGUGCGAGGGACUGUCAGACGACCUGUACGAGAUCUUGUCCAGCCUGCCCGAGAGUGUGGUGUACUCCUGCGGACCCUGCAGCCUCUCCCAGCCCAGCGGGUGGAGGGACCUGCUCUACCUGGAGCUGCGGGCCGGGGUGGAGAAGGUUCUGGCCUGCCUGCUGACCUCCACCCUCACCCAGCACCUGGUCAGCUGCAGGGAGUGCACAUCUCAGACGGACCCUGACAGCGGGGCAGAAGGCCAGCUGGCUUGCGACCUUCGUGCUGUCGGCAAGAAAUUUGACAAGGGCCUCUACACUACACUCAAAUCAUUCCAUGAAGACGUGGUACAGGUGAUCCGGAAACAGCUGGAGGAGGAGUCUCCUCUCUCGGAGGACCAGAGACCAACUGCUCUGGCCCGUUCAUACUAUUUAAAGUUGCUGGAGGAGGUUUUCUGUUGGUUUAACAGCCAAGACCCCACAGUGUGGGACCCGCGCUGCAAGGAUCUGCCAGUCGGGAUGCUUCCCAACGCUGUGCUGCCCCCCUCUUCUGAGCACUUAUACGCCCAGUUUCGCGAGCGGGAGGAGCUGAGGACCGGGGUGCCCGUCAGGCCACACCAGGGGGAAGACAGGGUCCCCAAGUUCAAAACGGAGGAGGGGCCCCACCUCAUGACUCCCGUCUCCCGAAAACCAGCUGGCAGCUUUUCCAGGAACAAGAGCUUUCGAUUAAAAAUGAAAGGGAAGAAGGGGAGGCCUUCGAAAGCUGAUCUGGACACUGGCUGGUCUAAGGAUGACGAGAGGCAGUGCUCCCUUUGUCAGAAAUAUGGGGACGCGAAAGCCAACGAUGCGGGCAGGUUGCUGUACCUCGGACAGAAUGAAUGGGCCCAUGUGAACUGUUCCAUGUGGUCUGCGGAGGUGUUUGAGGAAGACAAUGGCUCCCUGAUGCACGUGCACAGUGCGGUCACCAGGGGGCGCCUCAUGCGCUGUGAGCGGUGUAACCAGACCGGCGCCACGGUCGGCUGCUGUCUGACCUCCUGCCAGAGUAACUACCACUUCAUGUGCGCCCGCACUCGAAACUGCGUCUUCCAGGAUGACAAGAAGGUCUUCUGCCACAAGCACAGGGACCUCAUCAGCGGAAAGAUGGUCACUGGGCAAGGGUUCGAAGUCCUUCGGAGAGUAUAUGUGGAUUUCGAAGGGAUCAGCCUCCGCAGGAAAUUCUUGACUGGGCUGGAGCCAGAGUCCAUUAAUAUGAUGAUCGGCUCUUUGCAGAUUGACAAGCUGGGGGUGCUGUCCGAGCUUUCAGCCUGUCAAGGGAAGCUCUUUCCUGUGGGUUAUCAGUGCUCUCGCUGGUACUGGAGCACCGUGGACCCUCGCCGACGCUGCAGGUACACCUGCAAGGUGAGGGAGGUCCGGCCUCCGGUUCAGGAGAGGCCCGUGGAGGAGACCCCCGACCAGGGGGAAAACCGCACCAUCGCCCACAGCACCAGUCCGCACGCCGAAACAGAUGCGCAGGAUGUGGAGGUGGCUCCCCCUCCUCUGGGUGAAGCACCCCCCAGCACUCCCUCCCCCCUCUCCAAACCGGACCCGGGGGCUCGCCCCAAAGUUCCGAGUUACCCCCAGCCCCGGAGACCAGCGGGGGGGAUGUUCCGUCCUCUCCCCUCCCCAGGUACAGCCCUGUCCAAAUCGCAUCACAUCCUGACCAUCAGCGACCUGGAGGAGACCCGCCGGCCACGGCGUCAUAGCCCCCACUCCCAUAGCUCUGGCUCCCGCUGUCACAUCUCCUCCCCCCCCCACGGCACUCCCUCAGGACCAAUCACCCUGCGCGCUGGUGGAUCUCUGCAUCCCAAAACGUCCCCGGUCACCACCCCUCUCUUUCCACUCGGUGCUACUGAAAACCUGCUGACCUCUCCCUCGGUCUGGCUUGCCGGGGGCCGAAGUACCUCCUCCUCCUCCUCCUCGUCCACUGCACGUGUUCCUGGGAUUGCAGCGGCCCACUCUACCUCAGGGUUCUUUCCCCGGCCGCCCGCCUGGCACGAUGGCCUUGCCAGCCCCCCGUUAUCCGUCCCCGAUGGCUUCUCCACGUCCUCUGCCCUGCACGUCUCCCCAAGACCCAGGGUGCCUUGCCUCGACCUGGGCCAGCCGGACUCGGCUGACAUGCCGCUCAACUUCUUGGCCUCGCCAGAGCUGAAGGAUCUCACGUCGGCUAAUGGGACGGCCUUGCCGGGGAAGGGCUCCCGCCUUGUCUCGGGUCAGGGUUUCCCUUACACGCCGUUCAUGGUGGACUCGGUGCUGAACACAGAGCUUGAGUUUGACGAUACCCUGCUGAACGAGGGCGUAGCCAUGCACUGUGGCGCCCAAAUUGUGGUGGAAGGGGAGGGUGAGGAGAACCCAGAGGAAUACGAGGAAGGGGAGGCCAAGAGGACAACCCACAUAAGGGCCUUGCCCUGCCCAACCACCUCGGCACAGGAGGAGUGGGGCAACACCUCGUCUGAUGAGGACAUGGAGAACUACUUCGACUUCUCCCGCACAGUGGUCGCUCGCGUUGCCCCUCCGCAGACCUCCCCACCGGCUCCCUCUGCCUCCAUCCCCCAGCUGGACGGCGUGGACGACGGCACCGACAGUGAUGCAAGCAUAGCCACCAGUGAGGUCGCCCGCAACCUGAAGAGCUCAGGCCAUAGCCAGACUCAGAACCCACCCCUGGAGGAGAGGCGGAGCAAUGGGCUGCCGGAUCCCAGCCUGGCUUCCACGAGCCCGUCCUCUGAUGCUCUGUCGCUGGACAAAUUGUCAGGGAACAUGGACAAAGAUGGCGCCUCUCCAUAUUUGGAGGCGCCAUUCAAUUACCUGUUCCCCACCAACCUAAAGGUACCCGAUUCCAUGCAGCCACAUGCCAGUCUAGCAUUCGACGGUCUCGGCUUCUCGCUCAACAGCGUACCGCCUUCCGUUGGUGCUCAAGCACAGAUCUCAGAGGUGCACCCAUCCCCCGGGUACUGCCACUUGGAAGCAAGCUCUGGGUCCUUGCAGUCGCUCAGUGUGGUUUCCGUGUUCGAAGAUGCGCCGUCGUCGGCAGAAGAGGGCCUGCGGAAGGGACCCGCUGAGCUUCACCAACCUACCACGGAGUUCGUGGAGUCUUAUGCUCCGCGAGAGGGCCUUGCAGUGGAGUCAAUGGAGCAGGCCAUGCUAAUGACGGACGGCUCAAACUCAGACUUAUCUGCGGGGAUCCUGGUCCAGGAGUGUCACGAUCUUCCAUCUCCGAACGCCUCUCUGACCGAUUUGGUGACCGUCCAGGAGGGACCGCCAAUGGAGGCUAAUUCAGUGCAGAUCCCCAGCGAUAUCUUCCUGGACCCCAGCAGUGGGCACUUUGUUUCCGCCAAGGAUGGCACCGAGGUCUACCUGAACAGUCUGCCGGAACCCGCGGAAAACCCUCCAGCUUUACCUGCCCCUGUUAACGGGAGCCAGAAUGCAGAGAGGGAUUCUUUCUUGCCCAACGAAGUUCCCAUUAUAAGCCAUGCUCCCACAGACCUGCAGGCCCACCCAUCACCGGCACUCUCUGUGCUCACCUUCAAACCCGCCCCCGUCCCAAGCCUUGAUGCAAUGCCUGAGCCCCUGCAGCCCGCUCAAAGGAACACGGUUCUGCCGCCUAUGGAGAGUUUCCGUGCCGUCUUGUCUCAUGCAGAACCACGACUUCCUGCUCCUGCCGUUGGAGGCCUCCCGUACGUUUCCUCUGGUUUCCAGCCUCGGCAGGAAACGGUGUCGAUAGUGCCGGGCUCUGGGAUGCCCAUUGGAUCCUACGGGACGGUGCCACUUCCGGUGUUCACAACGCAGUCUCUCUCGGCAGGAUCCGCGUCUUUUACCGUUGUGUCUUCCUCCCCGUCCACCACCACUUUCACUGAAGGUCUAACUUUCCAAGUAAGGGAGGCCACCCAGUGCCAGACAUUCUGCCCCGCACCACCCCAUCAGACCCCUGCUUCUGCUCCCGUCCUCAUGAAUGGCUACAACUCUGCAUCCGCACCAAAGGACGUCUCUAGGGGCCACACCUUCUCCAUCAACUUUUCUACCCCCAGGCCUGCACUGGAGCCUCAGCAGCCCAUUCUGAGCCCCGCCGUUCCAGGUCACGCCAUCCUGACAGUACGGGAGGUGGGUGUAGACUCUACUCCGCAUGUGCUGCUGGUCAAUCGCAUGGGCCAGAUCUUCGUCAAGAACCCAGAGAGCAACACCUUCCACCUGCCCAGCCCAAACGCACCGUCCUACGGCUGUGUCAGCCAGAUCGCCAGUCUCCUUCAGAGUAAUGCACUCUCUGCCACCCUUGCUGCUGCGGGAUCCAUGACCGCCAGCACUGGCCCUGUUGCCCCCACCCAGACCCCUGGGGUGGUGACCCCUGCGCUAUCCCCACAGAUAGUCCACAGUCCCGCCGCAACCACCCGCCUCAUCACCUACAGCACCAAUGGGGCACUAGCUGCUGCUGAUGUCCUCGUUGGGAAAAAGCCAAGAUCAUCUUCUAAGGAAACUGUGCCUGGCGUUAAGAAGCCUAGGAAAAAGAGGGCCACUCCGACUACUAAGAGAACCAAAGCAGUUGCUAGCCUCAACCCGUCUCUCUGGCCAGCCACCUCCCCCCAGCCCCCUGCAGGCCGAGGCAGGUCCUCGCUUUGCACUGCCAGCAGGAACGAAAGCGCCCAAGCCAUAAUCAACCAAGCCAUGGCCAGCAACUUCAACCCCAACCGAAUCGCCCAGUUACCGGGUACCUCCCGCAUCCGUGCUUCACCCGGCCACAGCAGGGUACGGGCCCUGAGUUCUGUGGUGCUAUCCCCAGGCCUUUUUAUUGAACCUGAACCUCCGACCAUCGCAACUCCCAUGACUGCCGCUUUGCAGCCCCGGUCCCAGGUCCGCAUGAAAAGGGUCUCGUCGCUGUCGGACCGCAUCGCCACCAAGAAAUCGAAGACAGACUUUGUUGAGAUAGAGCCCCCUAGUGUUGUGGAGGAGCUGCCGCCACAGAAGGCCAUCAGUGCAGCCGCCAGUCUCAGCAGGUCUGGGGGUGUCCGUAUCAAAACGCCAACCGUGAAGGGGGUACUGGACUUGGACAAACCAAAGGAGGAGCGUCACAGUGACCCCGAAAGCACAAGGCCGGGACCUUGGGAUCGACUGGGUUCUGCGUCCCGAGGUGAUCUUGGCUACAGCAGACCCCAGGCCUGGGAGGGCGUGGGCCGUAACGCACUGACCGACUGGAACAAGUACUCAGGUGCAGUUUCGAGCUCGGACGACGAGAUGCCGCCACCGGACCUGGAUGAUGAGUGCCCGCCCUGCAGGGACCAGCCACACCUGCGCUUCGAGAUCACCAGCGAGGAUGGGUUCAGCGUGGAGGCGGACAGCAUCGAGGUGGCCUGGAAGGCAGUGAUCGACGGGGUCCAGGAGGCGCGUGCGGCCGUCCGGCUCAAGCAGCUGUCCUUCGCGGGGAUGAGCGGGGCGCGUGUGCUGGGCAUGCUCCACGACGCCGUGCUGUUCCUGGUGGAGCAGCUAGAGGGCGCCAACCUCUGCCAGCGCCACGUCUUCCGUUUCCACAAGCAGGACAGUCAGGAGGAGGAGCUGCCGGUCAACCCCAGCGGCUGCGCCCGUUCGGAGGUCCACAUGAGGAAGUCCACCUUUGACAUGUUCAACUUCCUGGCCUCUCAGCAUAGGCAGUUGCCAGACAAUGGCCCUUACGACGAGGAGGAGGACGAGGUUCCUCUCAAGUCCACCAGGCGUGCCACGAGCCUGGAGCUGCCCAUGGCCAUGCGCUUCCGUCACCUGGAGAGGACAUCCAAGGAGGCGGUGGGAGUGUACAGGUCCGCCAUCCACGGGCGAGGACUGUUCUGCAAGCGAAACAUCGACGCGGGAGAGAUGGUGAUCGAGUACUCCGGCAUCGUCAUCCGCUCGGUGCUGACGGACAAGCGCGAGAAGUACUACGACGGCAAGGGCAUCGGCUGCUACAUGUUCCGCAUCGACGACUUCGACGUGGUGGACGCCACCAUGCACGGCAACGCGGCGCGCUUCAUCAACCACUCCUGCGAGCCCAACUGCUACUCGCGCGUCAUCAACGUGGAGGGCCAGAAGCACAUCGUCAUCUUCGCCCUGCGCAAGAUCUACCGCGGCGAAGAGCUCACCUACGACUAUAAGUUCCCCAUCGAGGACGCCAGCAACAAGCUCAUGUGCAACUGUGGUGCCCGCCGCUGUCGACGCUUCCUCAAUUAAAGGGGGGG